CUCGCGCGCCUUAGGGGGCGGGGGCGGAGGAGCCGGGGGGGCGGGGCUUCGCCUAGAGCCCGACCCUGAGACCCGAGCCGCGCGACACGCUGACAGACCCUCUGGUCCGACGGCGAGGCCCGCAGCACCUCAUGCUUCCAUCCUGCGUUGAGAUCACGGCAGGACCACAUAAUGACUUUCAUGAGACCUAGGGAUUUUUGCCUUGAUGGACCCCUUUCUCCACUAAAAAAAGGAAGAAAAAUUACAAUUGCACUUAUAAAAGAGGCUUUUCUAUUGCUCGGCCAAAACUCUUUCUCUAAAGAGCUAGACUUGACAAUAGGACCACCUGGAUACGGCCAAGGAGAAGGUAAAUACCUAGGAGUGGAAUUGAUGAGUAAUAUGGUUGGUAACCUGGGAUAGUCUGAUCCUGGUUUCACCUGGGAUCACUCAAGCUGCAGUUAUCUGAAAGCUUCUCUGUGGCUGGAGGGUCCAAGUUGUCCUCACCCAAAUGUGCAGCAGUUGGUACUGGAUGUUGGCUGAGACUCCUCAGUUCUCCAUGUGAUCACCCAUCCUCUGGAGUAAGCAAGUGUGGAGGAGAGGAAGGUGUCUUGUGCCGGAUGAAGUUAUCCAAGUUUCCUCCCUACCCGCCAUUCACGUAAGCAGGAAAAGAAAAAGGAGGAGUUACAAAACCUGACUUCAGGUGAAGGCCAAAAGGUGUGCUUUGCUGACCUCAAGCAUCCCUGCUACAAAAUGGCCUACUUCCACGAACUGUCCAGCCGCGUGAGCUUUCAGGAGGCACGCCUGGCUUGUGAGAGCGAGGGGGGGACCCUCCUCAGCCUGGAGAAUGAAGCAGAACAGAAGUUAAUAGAAAGUAUGUUGCAAAACCUGACAAAACCAGGAACAGGGAUUUCUGAUGGUGAUUUCUGGAUAGGGCUUUGGCGAAACGGAGAGGGGCAAACAUCUGGUGCCUGCCCAGAUCUCUACCAGUGGUCUGAUGGAAGCAGUUCCCAGUACCGAAACUGGUAUACUGAUGAACCUUCCUGUGGAAGUGAAAAGUGUGUUGUGAUGUAUCAUCAACCAACAGCCAAUCCAGGCCUGGGGGGGCCCUACCUUUACCAGUGGAAUGAUGACAGGUGCAACAUGAAGCACAAUUACAUCUGCAAGUAUGAACCAGAGAUCAUUCCAACUUCUCCUGUAGAAAAGACGUAUUUUACAAAUCAGCCAGGAGAUACCCAUCAAAAUGUGGUUGUUACUGAAGCAGGCAUAAUUCCCAAUCUAAUCUAUGUUGUUAUACCAACGAUCCCACUGCUUUUAUUGAUACUGGUCGCUUUUGGAACCUGCUGUUUCCAGAUGCUGCAUAAAAGUAAAGGAAGAACAAAAACUAGCCCAAACCAGUCCACCCUGUGGAUUUCAAAAAGCACCAGAAAAGAAAGUGGCAUGGAAGUAUAAGAAUCCAUCGACUUGGCUCCAGCACAGAAAAUAGAAUUUUAGAAUUCUGGAUCUGCAUAAGGAAUGGCAUCUAGAACAUUCGCUUGGAAUGGCUUGAAAUCUCAGAGGAUCUGCAAGAUGAACUGUAAGCUCCCCCUUGAGGCAAAUAUUAAAAUAAUUUUUA